AAAUGGCUGUGUGUGUGUCUGUGCGCGCCUGUAUUGUCCGCCAUCUUGUCAGCCCGACUGCAUCAAAAAAUUACAAUUUUAAUCGUUAAACGCGUUUUAUGCCCACUUAACACACCAGAAAGUGCUGCAGUACACAUUUGCCCACAAAACGGAUAUCGUCUUGAGUACGCAGCGCUCAGUAAAGGGGGUUAAAAUUGCAUUUGAAAGUGGAAUUGUUGGUGCGAAGAAAAAAUUGUGCAGCAAAAAAUUCCCAGGUCAAGUAACAAGAGUUAACAAAAGAGCAACAAGAACGGCAGCAAGAGCAGCAGGAACCGAAAAGACGGGAAACAAUAGCGGCAACGGCUUCACAUUGGACAUGUCAUGUCAGCAAGCCUCCAGAUUCCAUUCAGCCACCGCCACAGCCACAUUAGCCAAGAGCACAGCCACCAGGAGGAUUGCCACAGCAGCAGCAGCCGCAACAGCAACAGCGAUAGCCGCAGCAACAGCCGCAGCAGCAGCAGCAACGCUGACGCCCGUGGAGAGCAUUGCCGGCAAGACGACGUCCGAGGACACGGAUCCCUAUGCCUUCACAGAGACUGUGGCCGUCACACCACCCAUUCUAUUCAAUGCACAGAAAUCGAGAGCCCGCCUAACCGACAGCAAUAGAGGCAGCAACAAGAGGCAGACGGCAGCAACAGCUGCGGCCAACAGAAAGGCGAAUUUGGUGGCCCAACUGAGUGUCACAGCAGCAGCAAAGGCGCAGGCGUCUUUGGCAAGCAACAACACAACCACAACCACAACGAAUUUCCAUCAUGUCACGCAAUCUCAGAGACAGUCGCCGGCGUUGCAGUUGCAAUUGCAGUUGCCACUGCAAUCCCAGUCACAGUCGCAGGCCUCGCCGAAGCGGGCCACCAACGUGUGCAUAGUCCGCCCGCAGCAACAGCAGCUGGAGAAGAUAGCCACCUCGGAGUCCUGCCAGUCGGCGGCAGCACCGCCCCCGCUUUACGCCCACACUCCAUCGCUGUGGCAGACGCCGCUGCUCAUAGACAAUGGGCAAAAGCAACAGCUCCUCCAGCAGCAGCAGCAGCACCAGCAUCAGCAACCGCAGCAUCAACAGGAACAGUCCGUUGCUAUUGCGUUGGUCAGUCCGCCCACAUCGCCCGCCUCAUUACCUUCGCCCACUCUGCCGCCUGCCACCGCUGCAGUGACCGCCAUGGUGGCUCCGAUUUCCGUAUCGCCCAAGGGUGGAUUACCUUUGCCGCCAUCGAAGUUCCAUCAUACCACGCUGGCGCAACAUCUGCAGAAGGUGGAGUGCUUGAAGAAAAAGAAAUCCUUGCCACUGGCCUGCCAAAACAACAACAAUAACAGCAAGUUGCAGAACAACAACAAUGUGGUGGACUCGCAUAUGAAACCGGUGGUGCAGGGAACGAACUACAAUCAGACUCAGCCGCCACCGCUGAUGGUUUUCAAUACGGGAACAGUUGCAGUUCCCGCUCAGACUCCACAGACUGCUGCUCCACAGAAACAUUCCACCGGCAAUAGCGUAGAUGACAGCGAUCUCAACGAGAUACCCGUCAAUGUUAUCUUCCGAAAGCCGCAAGAGGCAGGCGGUGCGGCGAAAACAGGUGGAGCAGGAGGAGCAGGAGGAUUAAGUGCAUCUGUUUCCGGAACGCUACAAACUCGUCCAGCUGAAGUGAAACUGGUGACUCCUCUCACGCCGCCCUCUCCACCCGAGAUGAGCGCACCGCCCUUGCUGGCGCAAAUGCAGCCGCCGCAGAUACCCACGUCUUGUGUUCCAGCUUUAGCUACCAGCUUCAAAGUGACGUCACCAGCAGUUCUCAGCCCAAAGGUGGUCUCAGCACCUCCUUCAAGCAGCAGCCCAAAGCUCUUGUGUCCAACAGCACCCGCUUCAACGAACUCACUGCAAAUUGCGCCAAAAGCUGUUCCAGCCACUACAACCUCAUCAGCACCCGCAUUAGCCAAGAAAUCUGAACAAAUGUCUUCCAAAGUGGCCAAUUUAAACGCCUCCAACCAUCAAGCACCCAUAGCUUCAAAGGGCGUUAGAAAUGGCAUCACUAACAACAUUAACAACAGAAAUAGCAACACCGUUGCAAAGAAACCAACUUCGAUGCCGCCUCCAAAGGAGCCGAUUGCACUUGCAGCAAACAAGUUGGCGGAUUCCGAACAUCGUCAGCGACGCCGCAAGAACGCCUCCGCCUGCAAACGCAGCUUGGACACCCUGAGUGAGAACGAAUCCUUUUUAGUGGAUUCGCCCUACUGCCUACAACAGCAUUGGCUGCAUUCCGGCUUUAAGGAUAAGGCCCACGACACGCCACUCUCGCAAAGUAACCGACGUGAGGAGCGAAUUGCGGUGCGUAAAGGAGCCUUGAGGCGCCAAGCGCUGCAACUACUGUCUACGCGCUCCCUGCAGGAGCUUCCCAUGCGAGCGGCCAAACAGCGGCUGCAGUGCGUCCAGAAUAUGUUGAUCAAGUACCAGGAUCACGCUGGCCAGCAACAGGGAAUUGGAAUUGGCAACCGCUGUCUGGUGACCAGUUGCAAGCAGCCAACGCUCAGUAUGGCAGCACACUGUGAGCGCCACAUCGUAAACAACAGCACUCAGCAGCUUUUCCAGCCUUGCGUCGCCUGGCGGAUGGACGGAACCGCUUGCCAGGCUCCCGUCUUCGAUGUGCUGCACACAUUGGCCCUCUGCAAGGUGCACAGCCAUCUGCGUUCCGGUAUGGAUGGAGCCCGUCCAGCAUCGAAACAGCCGCCCGUUAGUUUACCUGUCGCUGAAGUGGCGACUCUGUGUGUGCCUGUAAAGCAGCAGCGAAAGCGCAAGGCUAACACUAAUCCCGUGGCUCGUCCUCAGAAACGUGGUAGGAAGCCGGCAAACGAACCGAUUGCUAACCAGAUCAGCAGCCAGAUAGGCAAACUGAUAUCUGCGACAGGUAUGCAGCGUAAAAGCAGCACCACUUCGCUGGAGUCCAUUGCCAGCAAUUCGCACUCGUCGGCCACCUCACACUCCCAGCCGCCUUAUAAGCCCGAAAAUGUGUCGGCUGCGGUACCUGCAGCACAGAACUUGCCCCAACAAUCCAUUCCUCCAGCGCUGGCUCCACUCAGCACUGAUUUUCAACCCAAGCAUCAGCAGCAUGAACCGCUUUUGGUUCCCAAGUUGGAGGUGGAUUCGUUGUUUAAAUUUGAUGCCGAUCAACAGCAAAAUCAGCAGCAGCAAUCGAGCCUGGACCCAAGUCUACUUUCGUUGGACAUUGCCAAUAUCAAGGCCGAGGAGAUUAGCCAAAUUGUUGCCCAAUUGGCAGCGGCCGGUGGUGAUUUACAAAAUCCCAAUAAUAACAACAACAUAAGCAUCCAUAAUAACAAUAGUGUUCACUUCAACAACAACAAUAAUAUGAAUUACAGCAACAAUAACAAUAACAGUUUCCCCUCAUUCAACACGGCCUUUGGCAACGCCAUUGGUCAGCCAACCAACACAAUUACGCACAAUGGCCAAGCCGUUCCGGCAGUGCUGGCCAACACGGCCGAUCUGCUUGGUCAGGACAUGUUCGGUAUUUGCGAGAACAGCUCGGCGUACGCCAGUUCCGAGGACACCGGACUGGGCGGUCUCAGCGAGUCGGAGCUGAUAGGCGCUAACGAUGCUGAUGAUAUAGCAUUGAAUGGCGCCCACUUGCUGGAGGAGCACGAUCUGGUAAAUGUGUUCGACACGCUGUCAGACGAUGCCUUCAACGAGCUGUUCCAAUCCGUGCAACAAGCCGAGUGCGAGGCCAUGGACCGGGCUUUGGACCGGGCCCUGCAGCAGACGAUGGGCGGCUCGGCGGACAGCGCCUUUCUUAACGAUUUCCUGGACGUCGGCGACGAUCUGCUGGCCGAUGCUGUGAUGCACUCACCGAACACGUCCGGCAUCGAUGCCCCUCCUCUCUUUGGGGAUAGCAGCAGCGGCGGUGGCAAUAGCAGCAGCAAUGGCGCCUCCGACAUCCGGGGCUUGGUGCAGACCUAAUUCCGGCAUCAGGUCGGAUUAAUGGCCUACAGAAUUUACAGAUUCUUUUGGAGAGACGAGAGAGAGAUUUGCAAGCUAAACUUCCCAUUCACUUUUAGGCAGCUUUCGCUUUGAAUUUCGGUAUUUUCUUUUUGGCCAUUUCUUACCUGCGAUUCUGGUUCGGCACAAUGUUUCUAUAUGCAGCUUCAAUGUUAUGCAUGCAUGCACCAGCAGAUAUGCAUGAAUAAAAUAGCAUUCAAAACCCAUAUAGUUAUGCGUUAAUGUGAAAAACAUACAAAAAAAAACACACAAAAAGUAAAAAAUUUGAAAAAAUGUCCAAAAAUAUUAAAUUCAACUUUAAAUCAACAUUAAGAAUGAAAUGUAUAUGUAUCCGUACGCAGAAACAUAAUAUUGUAAAUUCGCGGAAAGAUGUAGCAUUACGCACAUCUUAACGUAACUUAAUUUGUUAGUGAACCAACAAAGGAUUGUAGAGAGCAGCUUUAUUAUACAUAAAAAGAAAAACAAAAAAUUAUAAAACGAUACCAGAGCAAACAGAUAAAAUGAAACCGAAAUUGUAGGAAAUCUAGCAACAAAUUUUGAAUUCUGAAUUAAAUGUACGAGCGCGAUACACUAGAGAGUUCGUUAACACAAGCAAGCCUAAAAUUUGUUUAAGAAUUUUGUGAACGCAUUUACAACAACAACACCCUACACUCAAAUGAGAAUUGCAUGAACUACAAAAAAAAGCAGGUGAAGCUGAAAUUGUUUAGUUUGAUUUAAGUUCUUGGUUUGCACCUAACACAUAUACACACCCACACCCAAACACCUACACACAUACAUACAACGUACAAGGGACUAGUUUGAAACCGCGAAUCGUAUUACUAAAUAUAUAUACAACUAUAUAUACUUAUAUAUAUAUAAAAUAUAGCUAUAUAUACAUAAUACCACUUAAUAUAUCUGUACACAUACGUUUAAGUGUAAGCUUUAAUUUAAACCAACCCACAAACAAAGAAAAGAAAAACCUUUAACAAAAAAAAAAUUAACAGAAUGUAAAAGUGUAUACUUGAUUUGUUUUUAAGCUCUUUUAUUUAGCCAUGGCGCCAUGGCUGGAAACUUUGUUCGAUUUUAAUUAAGCCUAACAAAUUUUAAAAGCAAAAUUAGGCUGACCGACAAUUUUUGAGUUUUAGCAUGCGUUUGUCUAUUCUAGAUUAUGUAAAUUAACAAAUAUUAAAUAGAACAUAAAUGAAUUGUAAUUUUCUUUAGUCUAGUGACAAGCAGCAACAUAUAAAUCGAGAUAUAUUUAUACAACAAUACACAAAUCAAGCAAGAAAACUGUUACGCUUUAAAAUACGAUAUAUACCACUCACUGGAGACCGAUCCCCAAAUCACAGCCCCCAAAAGAGAAAAAAAAAACGAAGUUCACACCCGAACCAUUCCAUCUCCAUCCAUUGUAAGUUUUCAUUUCUCAUCUGUCACUCGGAGUCUAAGCAAGUAUUAAAUGAAUGAAAAACGUUUAAUUACACUAGAUAACUAUGUAUUUGUAUAUGUAUCACGCAUCGAAUUUUCAUUACGUUAAUGCACCCAUGGCACACUCAAACACUUGCAUCUUUCAUAGGAACGUUCGUUUGGGCGUAGCGAAACGAUAGAGCAGAAGGAACUAAUUUAAACAUAAUGGAACUCUGUAAAAUAUGAUAUAUAAUAACUCCCACACUCUCACUCUCUAUCUCUAAAACCCUAUAUAGAUUUAUAUAAACGUAUGAAUUCGUUCUUGAGUUAGUCGAUUACCGAUUGCUGGGUUGAUUGAUUUACUGAUUGAUUUGGUCCACACCUUACUCUGAUCUAAAUUCGCUGUGCAAGUGACGCGAACAAAAUGAAUGUCUUUUUUGGUAGCGAAACUACAAAACCAUGUAUUUGAUUAUAUGCUUUAAACCCUAUUUUUAUAACACUUUACUUUGUAAGAACUGUAGCGAUGAACCGAAACCCCGCAUCCCUCCAGUAGCCGCCUCUUUUUCACCAUUUGAAAUUUUGUCUGUUUUCGGUAUGAGGUACAAUUUCAUUUUGUAAUUUACGUGCAUUUUUGUGAUCUAAUUUGUGUAACUAUUAUAAACGAAAAAAAAAAACAAACAAAAUACUUUAAGAAAACGAAACAAACAAAAAAAAAAAUAAAACAAAUCGAAGCAAAUGAAAAAAAGAAUUGAUUGAUUUUAUGGCAACAGAAUAUUUUACCCUGAAAAUAUAAUACAGUAUUUUUAGUAAAAAAACCAAA